AUUAAAGUAACCAUCAUGCCUUCCCUUUUACUUAACUUUUUGGUUGGAGGUCUCUCUGGAAUGGGAGCCACCACCAUUAUUCAACCGAUCGAUAUGAUUAAAGUAAGAAUCCAGCUAAGAGGAGAAUCUAAAGGAAAGACUUCUCCAUUCGAUGUCGCCAAAGAAAUAUACCAUCAAGGUGGAAUGAAAGGAUUCUACCAAGGAUUAGACUCAGCACUUCUAAGACAAGCAGUCUAUUGCUCUUUGAGAAUUGGUAUCUACUACACACUCAAUGAGAGAUCUGCAGAUGAAAAUGGAAACGUAUCUGCAUCUUCUAGAGCAAUCAACUCCUUGCUUGCAGGGGCCAUUGGAUCUGGUAUUGCCAAUCCAUGUGAUCUUGCUUUAGUAAGAAUGCAAGCAGAUCAGACUCUCCCUGAAGCCGAAAGAAGGAACUAUAGAAAUGUCAUACAUGCCUUCAAAACAAUUUUGAAGGAAGAAGGAUUCCUCAAUCUUUAUAGAGGAUGUGCUCCAACUGUUGCAAGAGCAGCAUCUUUAAAUCUAUCGAUGCUCUUUACUUUCGAUAUUUUCAAGCAGGCAUUAGGUGAGAGAUACGGCCAAGGAACCAAAACUAAUAUCGCUGCCUCAUAUCUAGCAGGUUUCUUCGUUGCCGGAGUCUCUCUUCCAUUCGAUAACAUGAAGACCAAACUCCAGAAGCAGUCCAAGAAUGCUAAGGGACAAUAUCCCUACAACGGACUUAUUGAUUGCUUCCAAAAGACUAUCGCUAGAGAAGGAGUGACAGGACUAUGGACUGGGCUUCCAACCUACUACGUCAGAGUCGCUCCUCAUGCCAUGUUCACCUUGCUCUUCGCUGAAUUCUUCAAAGGACUUUUCGGUGUUAAUGCUAAGUAAAUCUUAUGGCCAUAAUUUGC